GCUGUUAUUCCUUUAUGUUCCGAUGUAAAUUCACUUAAUGUUGUAAAAAACAUAUAUGCAAGUGUCGAACAAUCAGCUUCAUCAAUUAGUGGAAGCAUCGCUUUCUUGAACGCCGAACGUUUCAAGCAAAAAAUACAAUUUCUGCUUUUAGAACGUAAUUUAGUUGAUAUUCUUGAUGCAUGCAAGGUGGCAGAUUUUAUGUUAUUGGUACUUUCAGCAAAAGUCGAGGCUGAUCAAUUUGGAGAAUUAUGUCUUAAAGCCAUUCAAUCCCAAGGUUUUCCAUCAAUAAUAUCAUCAGCUUUGUAUUUAGAAGAUAUUCCACAAAAGAAACGCAAUGACGUUAAAAAAUCGCUUUUAAGCUUCAUUAAUUAUUUUUUUCCUGAUGAAGAGAAAAUUCAUGUUGCGGAUCAGCCACAGGAAACUCUAAACAUACUUAGAACAAUAUGUACUCAACUUCCUAAACAAGUCUCAUGGAGAGAGACGCGUCCAUAUAUGCUUGUAGAAGAGAUAUCUUUUGACAAUGAUCAUGAUCAAGAUAAAGGAACCCUUAGAGUUACAGGAUAUGCUAGAGGAACAGCGUUUUCCGCAAAUCGCUUAAUACAUUUGCAGAACUUUGGUGAUUUUCAAUUAAAUCAAAUUACAUCCUGCCCAAGGCAAUCCAAGGAUGGAGAUAUGGUGGAAGAUAUUAAAGUGUUGGAUAUUUCAAAUCCGGAAAAACAGGCAAUUACGGAAAAUGAACCAAACUUUAUGGCAAAUGAGCAAACAUGGCCAACUGAAGAAGAAAUUAUCGGUAAUGAAGGUCAUAUUGAACUAAUGAAAUCUGAAGAUAUACCAAGUGCACUUCCCGGCACAACUCCGAGGAAGAUUAUAAAACGAGUUCCUAAAGGAACAUCUUCAUAUCAGGCUGCAUGGAUUGAAUACGAAGACAUUGAAGUUGAGAGCAAACAAAGUGAGUUAAAUGAUCACUUGGAUCCUGAGGAAGAAGAUAGGCAGUUAAAGGAAUAUUUGGCCAGUCGAGAAAAAGAACAUCGAGAUGACCUCGAAUUUCCGGAUGAAGUGGACACACCGUUGGAUAAGGCCGCUCGAAUCCGGUUUCAAAAAUAUCGAGGUUUAAAAAGUUUUCGUACUUCACCAUGGGAUCCAAACGAAAAUUUGCCGAUUGAUUAUGGUCGGAUCUUUCAAUUCGAAAAUUAUAAAAGAACAAAAAGUAGAGUUAUCAGUCAGGCAUCUUCCCAUGUAGGCGGUGUAAAAGUUGGAACGUAUAUUACUCUACAUAUAGCUAAUGUUCCCAAACAAGUAGCAGAAUCCUAUAGUCCAUCUCGACCGUUUAUAGUUUUUGGCCUCCUUGAGUAUGAACAUAAAAUCUCUGUUUUGAAUUUUUUUAUAACAAGAAAUAGCGAAUACGAAGAACCAAUUAAAUCAAAGGUAUUACCAUCUUUAUGUUGUACUGCUCAUUUUGGAGGGAAAGGUACUAAUAAUGUUCAUAAAUAUGAGAAAUUCAUUAAUCCUGGAAGAUCUUACAUCGCUACCAUUUAUGGUCCGAUCAAUUUUGGGAACUUGCCUGUCACUUUUUACAAGGAUACUGGUGACGUUAAUGCACCAAUAUUUGUGGCUAGUGGCUUUUUCUUAAACGCUGACCCGAAACGAAUAGUCGCAAAGCGUAUUAUUCUAACCGGUUAUCCAUUUAAAAUAAACAAAAAAUCUGCAGUUGUGAGAUAUAUGUUUUUUAAUCCUGAGGACGUAUUAUGGUUUAAACCAGUUCAAUUAACCACAAAAUAUGGUCGUGCUGGCCAUAUUAAAGAAUCAUUAGGUACACACGGGUAUAUGAAAUGUGUGUUUGAUUCACCCAUAAAACAACAGGAUACAGUAAUGAUGAAUCUUUAUAAACGAGUAUUCCCCAAAUGGAAUACUACAGUUUUGUGGUUUAGUGGAACAAAAGCGACAGAAUUAAGUCAACAAGAGGAUAAGGAUAUAGGAAUAGGCAUUGAUGAUGUUGAAAUGAAAAAUAAUGAUAUUAUUUAA